AUGAACAGCGUUUGCCGAAUACGUAGCUUUAUCCCGGCUAGAAGUAUAAGGACACGUGCUGUCAGGAAUCCCUUGAAGAAUUCAAAAGCCACGGAACGCCCACCCGUUCUCAAGACAAAGCCUGAGAACCUAAAACAGCUACGUUCAAAAAGACGAAAUGCUCUGAAAAAGGACCCUAGUAUUCCUUCAUUCGUUAAACCUGCUGAGCAGAUAAGAAGGGAGCUGACUGCCGAGUUUGACAGGUUGGGACAAGAGGUAGAUGAGAAUUUUAUUAAAGGUGUAAUCGAACAGUCGAAGGAAGAUGAAAUAAAACUCAGAGAGAGUAACGGUGAUCUCAGCAUUCUAGACGAGAAAGACGAUUUCCUCUCUUUGUUUGAUAGAGUAAUGGACCAAUGUGCCCUGGAGUUAUCUGAGAACGUUGACUUGCAGCAAGACGCAUAUCAAUUGGAUCCAAACGCAACUUUGGAGGAUAGCGUGUUCAAGUUAGCGGAGGACUUUGAAACUAUUGUCAAAGCCUCGCAAAGCUCACUUCCAUUAUUUGUAUCCAUAUUGAAAAUCCUAAGCAUUAAUAGCAAAAGAAAUCUCAUCCCAAUUGAACUGGCAUCGAAAGCAUUUGAGCUUUCCACACAGAUUUACGACCCCAAACACAGAACUAAUCUCAUAUACUACUCAGGCAAUCUUAUAUAUUCGCAUCCAAGAGUAAGAGCUGACCCUAUAAAUGAAUCUCUUUACAUGGAAGCUUUGCUUGAGCAUAGGCAGUUUCUGAGAUGCGAAUAUCUCUUCACCUCAAGAUUAAACCAAACAGAUGUCCAAGGCCAAAGGUUUUGGCUGGAGAAUGGUAUGAAGAUGUACCUGAGAUCAUUCAAAGUAUCCAAAGCUGAAGAAUUGGCUGCAAAAGUUUUACAAGAGCACAUGUAUCUUCAUCCUAGUGUUAUUGUACAGUUUAUUGAUGUCUUUUCCCGCUUGGAGCAAUAUGGCCAAGUUCUGAAAUGGACAAACACAUUGAACACAAUCAGAAAAUCGUUUGGCAAAGGUGCAGGAGUAGUGAAGACUGUCAAUCCAUUGGAUUUGGGUUUAGUUGAUGAUGCGAAUAUUAUUAUGAACUACUGGAAUCAGCGUGACCCAAUAACUCACAAUGAUUUAAGAAAAGUGGCAGUUUCUUUGAUAAAUGCUGGAUACUAUGAACUUUUAUUCAGAGUGAUCGAAACAUAUGCAUCUAGAUAUCCCACUACUUUGAAGCUGUUCAAGGGUGUAGUGGGUAAAUGCAAAUACUCAGUUGCCCAAGAACUAAUAGAGUUAACUACAAAAUUAUCCGAACCUUUCAUCAGGGAUUCGUUAAGUAAAGCAUUAGAGAAGAAUUUGGAAUUCCAAAAGAGAAAUGCCAAACAAGCAAUGAUUCAUGAUACGCUACUGGGAAACAUCAACAUUGAGGGAUUGAGAGAUGGCACAUCGAAUAACCAAGAAUAUUUGACCGAGAAAGACUGCAAUCGAUUAAUCAAGAGAAUGCUGAGUUCCAAUCGACCCAAUUAUCAACUAGUAGAGAACUUUAUAGAGGAAAUGAUUAACUCGUACAAGUUGGAGAAGGCAGGGAAAAGUCAUGGCUUUAUACCUCCAAUUAAUGCUCACAUAUAUGCCACAUUGAUAAAAUAUUUUGGAAAAGUCACUAAUAGGAAUAUUGAAAAGCUGGAACUAGUCCUUCAGGAGUUAGAGUCCUUAGAAGUUCCAAUGAAUGCAUAUUGCGCAAACCAGAUUAUACUAGAAUAUACUGGCAGACGACGGUUUGAACGGGCUUUUGCAUUCAUUGAUCAGGUGUUGAAUUCUGAUUUUCCAAGGACAAACAAACUUUAUGAGACCAUGUUACAGAGUCAUAGGGAUUUCGUAACCUUCAGUCACAAAUAUGGCCUGAACAAACGUCCUAAUCAUAACCAGCUUAGAAGAAUAUUUGUCGACUUUUAUAAUUCGGAUAAAGGAGUCUCCUUUACAAAGCAAGUUGUGUCAAUUAUCAACUGUUUCAUCUACACUUCCGAUUUCAUUAGCUCUGUGGGUAUGCUGCAACUAUUUGGCUCGUUGAAAAUGAAGCUAAAUGCAAGGCAAGUUGACUUGCUACUCAAAACGUUGAUAAAGAAUUUGGAGCUUUGUCCUCACUCGGAUGAUUUGGAUACCUACGUUGAAAAAUUAAAGCAGUUUACUACUUCCAAUACUAAAGACUUGGAGUGGAAAGAUGUUGCUACCAUAAUAAUAGAGGCCUUCCAACUUAAUCCCCUUUUGACCGAAAAGUCACAAGCUGCCUAUGAGAAGGAGUUGGGUACUUUCCAGCAUCUUUUAUCCUUGGAGAGUCUUUCCAUUGACGAAAUAAGAGUUGAUGGUUUCUGUAUAUAG